CUGAGAUUUCAUUCUUCAUCGCUUUUCCCCUCCUACACUCUUCCCCUUUCCUAUUGUUCCCACGGUUUGCGGAUUUCGUUCUUGCGCCUUUUCGGGAGUUCUGCUUUUCAGACGCUCUGUUUUAGUUUCUCGAGCUUCUGUUUCCCCUUGAUAACAUUCACGUCCUUUGUUCCUGGGUUCAUCACGAAGUGUGCUUGAUCUUACGGUCUUUCCUUAACGACUCCACGAAGUUUCAGUCGCAGACCGUUUUAUAUUCUUACGUCGAUUUUUUCGGAUUUCGCUUUUCAAGAUGUCUUUCCAGAACUUCGAUUCUUUCCCCAACCAGGACCCUGCCAACGCUGCCGGUGCCCCGGCUCCCGCCGACACUGCCAUGGCUGGUACUGGUGAGGGUGCUCCCUUCCAGGGCCCCCCUUCCGGUGACGGUUCUGCUGCCGCCGUUCCCCAGCAGGGUGCCGAUGGCAAGACCACCCUCUGGAUGGGUGAGCUUGAGCCUUGGAUUGAUGAGAACUUCAUCCGCAACCUGUGGUUCCAGAUGGGCGAGCAGGUCAACGUCAAGAUGAUCCGCGACAAGUUCUCUGGUAGGAGCAAUGCUGGAUACUGCUUCGUCGACUUCGCUUCCCCCGCCGCCGCCGCCAAGGCCCUCUCUCUGAACGGCACCCCCAUGCCCAACACCAACCGGGUCUUCAAGCUGAACUGGGCUACCGGUGGCGGCCUCGCCGACCGCAGCCGUGACGACCGUGGUCCCGAGUACUCCAUCUUUGUUGGUGACCUCGGCCCCGAGGUGAACGAAUACGUCCUCGUCUCGCUCUUCCAGAGCCGCUUCCCCUCGUGCAAGUCCGCCAAGAUCAUGACCGACCCCAUCAGCGGCAUGUCCCGUGGCUACGGUUUCGUUCGCUUCUCCGACGAGAACGACCAGCAGCGUGCUCUCACCGAGAUGCAGGGUGUCUACUGCGGCAACCGCCCCAUGCGCAUCUCCACCGCUACCCCCAAGAACAAGGGUCCUGGUGUCGGUGCUGCCAACAUGGGCAUGCCCGGCCCCGCCGGCAUGUACCCUCCUAUGGGCGGUCCCCCCAUGGGUUUCUACGGUGCUCCCCAGCCCAUGAACCAGUUCACCGACCCCAACAACACCACCGUCUUCGUCGGUGGCCUGUCGGGCUACGUGACUGAGGAUGAGCUUCGCUCGUUCUUCCAGGGCUUCGGAGAGAUCACCUACGUCAAGAUUCCUCCCGGAAAGGGCUGCGGCUUCGUUCAAUUCGUCCAGCGCCACGCUGCCGAGAUGGCCAUCAACCAGAUGCAGGGCUACCCCAUCGGUAACUCUCGCGUUCGUCUGAGCUGGGGCCGUUCCCAGAACAACUCCGGCCCUGCCGGCAGCCCCUACCGUCCCGCUCCCCCACCGCCUCCCAUGUACCCCUCCAUGGGCAUGCCCCCGGCCCACCAGUAUGGCGGGUUUGCCCCGAUGAAGGUUAGCAGCCACCCCGGCAGCCCGGCACCAGAACACUCUUGAGUUACAGGCUCGGUCGGCUGACUCAUUUCUUCUCUCUCCAGUAAGCGUUCCUUUGAUUGAAAGCACCAGCAGGAGUUGUUUGCGUCAUUCCAAUGAUGGAUCCUUUGUGUCAUGACAAAUUUGCUAUUCCUGAGUUACCUUUUACCGAGUCUUCGCGCUCUUCUAUAGCUCUUGAUGGGCAUCUUUCUCCUACUUCCCCGUGCUACGCAUUUCCCUGAGCGCUUUUAUCUUUAGCAAGAUCUGAGCUCCCUUU